AUGCAUGUCGUUCUUGAAGAGAAGAAUUGGAGGGACGCCCAAACAUACUGUCGACUGAAUUAUUUUGACUUGGCCAGUGCAAGGAGCGAGACUGAAAACGAUGAAUUACAGCAAAUAAUGAGUAGCUCAUCACUGUCCUCGGUGUGGUUCGGUCUGUUCAGAGAUGAGUGGCAAUGGUCGGAUCAGAGUAACAGUUCCUUCAGACACUGGGAGCCAGGUCAGCCAAAUAUUGAUGGCGACUGCACAUUGUUUGGGACCUCUUCCAAGGGUUGGUGGGACAGAAGCUGUACUCACACAUUUCCCUUCUACUGCUAUGAUGACGUAAAAAUAAAACAUGUGAAGAUUGUGAGGGUGGAAAUAAAGUCAGAUCCGUCCUUAGACCUCAAUGACGAAGCUGUGUCCAAUGCCAUUUUGCAGGAACUCAAACAGAAGUUCCAGGGGCUCGACCUUCAGUGGAGAGUCCAGGAUGGGAAGAUUUUCCAGGAAAAAGAGAAGAAGAAAACUAAUGAAGAAGAUUUUAUUGUGAAAUGAUCUGCAGUUCCAAACAAGAUUUCUUUUUGAUAAGGGUGCCCCCUUAUAUAAAAUUCAACUUUUUUGAUACAACUUCACAUCAUAUCUUUUUCAUAACUAUUUUAGUUUGGUGUGUAAAGGAAAUACAAUCUUGACUGUAUCUUUUUGAAACGCCUGUGGAGUUAGGGUUUAGCCAAUAAAGUAGGGGUGUCAAACUCAAAUACACAGUGGGCCAAAAUAAAGAAAUGGGUACUAGUC